AUGACUCCUCUGGGUGUCGACUACCAGAAUAUUCAUACUUCUACCAGCAAUGAUCAACUUUCCUCCAUACAAGAGAGAGACCGACUGAAUGCCAGCCUCACUGAAAUGACCAAAGAACGGGACAGACUUCAGGCUUUGUCCAAACAGAAGAAAACGUGUCCUGCAGGAUGGAAGAUGUUCAGUUGUUCCUGUUAUCUCCUCUCUCAAGAGUCUGGUUCCUGGAACAAAAGCAGGGAGGACUGCAGAAGCAAAGGAGCAGAUCUGGUGGUGAUAAACAGCGAUGAAGAACAGACGUUUCUCUCUACGUUCACCAACAAACCAACUUGGAUUGGGUUGAAUGACAUCCAAACAGAAGGGACCUGGAUGUGGGUGGAUGGAACUCCUCUGACUCUGAGCUACUGGGACAAAAACGAGCCGAACAAUAAAGGAGGAAAACAUGAUAAAGAAGACUGUGCUCAACUCAGAACUCUUCACAACGCUCUUUGGAAUGAUCUUCCAUGUACAUCGUCUCUGCAGUGGAUCUGUGAAAAACUACCAUAA